UUCCUUUUCAAUCAGUGUAUUUUCAACAUAAAAUAUAAUCAUCUCUUUUCUAUUUACAAACCCACCAUACUCAUUGAGGAUUUUGUGCGUGCUGUUGACAACAAUUUAUGAUAAGGUGGCAUCAUUACUUGAAUCUUGACAUGUGUGCGUGCGUGCGAUAAUAAAUGUCAAAUAUCUUCGUAAAUAUUUAUAAUUUUUCCCAAAUUAUUAAAUUUUAACAAAUAUUUUAAAUAAGGCAUUAUAUUCUUAAAUUCAAAGUGCAUUCAAAAGUGUUUACAUAUUUUUUGUUGUCCGCGCGGCAACUAUCAAGCAGUAGCAGAGCUAUGGCACCUUCAAUACCAGACAGAUGGCUUAACUAUACUCCAAUAGGACAACGGGUUAAAGGAACACGAUUCAUUGCCUUUAAAGUGCCGCUUCGACAGGCCGUUAAUCAAAAUGUGGAAAAGCAGCUGCGCCUAGAUGAUUCAAUUUUACUGAACUCAGUACCAAAUUUAGGUAUGAUCAUAGAUCUGACGAAUACUUCCCGUUACUAUACGCCAGAUAGUUUUGUAAAAAGAGGCUUGGAGUACAAGAAAUUAAUGAUACCUGGGCAUCACACCCCGCCGCCUAAUUUGGUUGAUGAAUUCAAAAAAAUUGUAGUUAAUUUUUUAAACAAAAACUCGGAUAACGAUAAACUAAUUGGUGUUCAUUGUACUCAUGGAGUCAACCGUACUGGCUACCUCAUAUGCAAUUACAUGAUAUCUGAGUUAGAUGUGAAACCCGAAGAUGCCAUAGACAAAUUCAACCUUUCGCGUGGCCACAAAAUCGAGCGGAAAAACUAUUUAGACUCGCUUUAUGAUUUAACGAAAGCGCCCAAAGAUGCCAACAGCCCCUUAAAUAAUGUGGACGUCAGUAAACGAGUUGAGCAACCGUUGAAUGAGGCGCCCAGCAGAGAACCGAUAUCAUGGCGCGCAUCGAAGGACGUCAGCAGACGAGUUGAGAAUCCCUUGAAUGAGGCGCCGAGCAAGGAACCGAUAUCCUGGCGCGCAUCAAAGGCACCUCCACCUCCACUACCGCCAUCGCAAUCGCCGAAAGAGUUCGAUAGGCGCGAUCGUUUCGAACGUGUGCGACAGGAAGCGUAUGCGCAUCGCCAACGCUUAACCAGCGCUGCUAACGCUGCAGCGGCACAGCCGGCGCGUCAAUUUUUGGAUAACAGUUUUCCGAACUCACAGCGAAAUGAGCGCAACUAUAGCAGCCGUUAUGUAAAUACCAAUAGACAUUUCUCGCAAGGUGGCACAAGCUAUCCCCUACCCAAUCACCACAAUUAUGACACAAUGCGUUCACACUAUAAUCAAUAUGUUGAUUAUGCGCAGGAUAAUCACCGUUAUGAGGAUAACACAUUUCGAAGGCGUUAUCAACUGGAUAAUCGUGCGCCGCAAAGACAUAGAGACCGCAAUCAGCCAUAUCGGCGCAUAUAGUUUUCGUGAGGACUUUAACUCACUGUGUGUUGAAAUCAAAUUGUAUAUAUGUAUGUAUGUACAUAUGUUUAUGUAUAUACCAGUUUAUUUUGAUAGGCGCAACUUGAAACUUUUUACUAAUUUUAUUAUCUGCUGAUCAAGAAGCGUAUUAUCUAAAUUAUGGCGUCAAUUUGAAGUUAGUUUAGAUUUUUUUUUAUAUUUGGGGUCUAAAAAAAUUUUUCGGUUGAAAAUCGUUUAUUUAAGUGCAAUUUAAGCUUUCUUGCAUCAACAUCAGAUCUUUUUAAAAACUGCAGUAAUUCGUAGUUACAUAGAUUCGAGAAAAUUGAUUUUUGAAAAAUAUUUAAGGUUACCAAUUUAAUACAAUUUUUUGAAAUUUGGUAUUAUGUAAUUGAUUUACAUAAAUAUAUGCACACAAAGAUUCGCUUAAUUAUGCUUUCAAUAAAACAUAUAACUUACGCACAUGUAACACAGUAAAAAAAAAUUCAAAAAUGCUUUCAAAAUUAUGUUUUCACUGUGUAAAUUAACUUAGUUUAUACUAGUUUAAAUAUAAUAUAAGAUUUAAAAAAUUUACUAGCCCAAGCUCUUUUGAUGUCAAUUAAAAAUAUAUGAACAUACAAGGUGUGUUCAAAAAAUAACGGGAAUUUCGAAUUCACAAAAAUAAAGAGAACCUUAAAGGGAUCUCGUUUUACAAGAUUUGAAAUGUGGAAUGUAAACGAAUGAAUAAAUAUUUUUUCAAAAAAACCGAAAAUUCCCGUUAUUUUUUGAACACACCUCGUACAUAUCUAUACCAUAUCAUGCAUAAAUAUUGCGUAGAUGGCACGCAUUUAAAGCGCAACAAAAAAUUGCAACAAAAUAUCAUAUUUAUCUGCAACCUUUGAAGCGCGCAAUCGCUCCACUGACCAACUUCAUGCGAACGCGACGAGAUUUUAAUCGCGAUCACGAUAAAUAUUAUGUAUGUAGCUUGUUUCGUUGUAAUUACCACCAAUUUGUCGUUGUCACAGUAAUAUGCGGCGGCAAUUCGCCACAGAGGCAUAGCUCAUGCGCAAGCUUGUUAUAAAUUUGAAUAGCCAAUCAUACACCGCUGGUAUGGUCGGCAGGCUUGAGCGCGAAAUGCGAUCAGCGACGCAGAUAAGCUGAUGAGCGUCGAAUUGUUAAUGAAAAAUGGAGGCAUUACAAAGCGCAAAGUUAAAGGGACAUCUCACACAUACAUAUGCUAAUAUGACACUUGACCACCAUGUCGAAGUAAUAAUGAACCGAUCAAAAGCGUUAUAAAGCACAGUGUCACAGUAGCAACAGUGGACAGUGGAGGCAAAUCAGCCGUGUGGCAAGUGGAAAUGUCGGCGUCUGCACUCCCCCGAGGCACCCAAGUGACAUAUGUUUGAUAAACGAGCCGGAACGUUUAGUUGCGAUUCCCGGAAAAUACUCGCCUUAAGUCGCAUGUAAUGGCGCGCGUAUCUUCACACGAUCACCGCUGAUCUGCAGCUACGCUCCACUGUGUCGAGGCUGAGGCUAUGCAACUGAGAUGUUUUUCGCUGAUAAGCCGCAUCACAACAUGUCAAGAAUUGGCGAAAGAAACUGAUUUUCUACCUGCUUGUCGCAAAUGAAUUUUAAUUGGUUGUCAACUUAAGCGCUUUUGUUGGCACCGUUGGGCAUGACAACAGCGUGAUGGCGAAAUAUACGCAAUUAUGUUUAUAAGCGUUUAGUUGUGGGAAAAAUGUAAGCGUCAGUGAGUGAAAAGUUGCGUUCAGGAGUGCAGGAGUGUAGGAUGAGAUAUGAAAUACUUACUUUCUUUGCUGCUAAGCCUUUGAGAGUGCAAUAAAGUAGUUUUAUUUUACUAAUAAUUUGAGGAAAUUUUUAUUGGAUUUAUAUUCUUUUGAAAAAAAACAUUUGAUUUAAUAUUUUAUAAUAGUAAAAUUACGCUAACGCUUGCUU